AUGAUUCCAAGGGGAACAGUGCAGGAUGAGCCGGGAUCCGGUGAUGAUGGCCUACCAUUGAACGGGGGAGGAUGGAGGCAAGCCAAAGCUCUCUCUUCGUGGUUCAGCUGGAGAUACAAAUGCCCCGUUGGCUGUGUCCACCAACCUUAUCAGCCCGUCCAUUGGUGCCCUGAGCCACCAUCCCAGGCGGCUUGGAGCCGUCUCUCCUUAGAACUGAUGGUUCAACACAUCACGGCCAGCAGCGUUGGAUUGUCGGACUUGAAACACCAGGGCGAGGAGAUUUAUCGACAGAGACGAAUAUUACACAUCGAUUUUCGACAUGCACCUGGUCCUUGA